UAUCCUGAGAACGUAAAUACCUAAGAUAUGAGAAUCUCAAUCUCUAUCAGGCCUUCAUCUGGUAUUCCGAAUAUAUACAGUUAUUUGUGAUACUAUUUAAGUAGAAAUGCUAAUUGUUGCCUCUCCAAAUAUAUUACAUUAGAAUCGAUUUGCAUAUCAAUAAACUAUUGUAAACAUACCCACGUCACCGUUGGUGAAGUAGCUUUAAGUCUGUUCGGUGGUGGGACACAUGUCAAUAAAUUGAUUGUUAAGCAUGUUUUGAGUUAGGUGCAAACAAACUUUCGGAGCAUCCGCAAAAUGAAAGAAAUAACUUUGUUCCCAAAGAAACGUGGUUACAAAAUCAGUAUUUUCUUGGUGGUCGAGCGAAGCAGGUCGAUAUAGUUCUACAAUGGCUGCGUCUCCUGGAAGUAUGUACCAAAAACAAGUUCUUAAAAAACGGCCAACGUCCUACCUACAGUCAUCUUUAGGAUCUUUGUCCAAAUCAGACCGAUAUAAAGAGAGAGAUAUCCCUUUAAAUUCAAAUCCGCCAGGCAGCCCGGAGAUACAGCGAUCAAACAUCAGCUUAAGGAAGUUCAGUCAAAUAAGUGCGCAUUCUGAUGCUUCAGAGGCUGAUGAAAACCACGCCGAUACUAACGGUAACUCAACCAAACAAACAGGGACGCCAAAAAAUGCCAUUCGGGCAAAACAUCACCAGAAAGCAGGCAAAGGUAACAAAAUACAGAAACUGCAUCAUGCAGCUUUGUCUGGAAACGAGGCAGAAGUGCAAAAAUUGCUUGGAAAAGGAGUUGACAUAAAUGCUCCGGAUUCAGUUGGCAAAACCCCGUUGCAUAAUGCCAUUCUUGGGAAACAUUUCAACAUCGUAGACCUGCUGUUGAAAUCAGGAGCUGAUGUCAAGUGUCUUGAUGAGCGGGGAGACACGCCUCUCCACGCUGCUGUCAGAGUUGAUAGCGAGGCAAUUGUUGUGCUAUUGUUAAAAGACGGUAAAACCAACACUAAUGCGAAAGGAUUCGGGUCUUACACACCUCUUCACAUUGCUGCUCAAAUGGACUGCGUCGACAUUUGCAAGCGAUUGGUUGAGCACGAAGGCGACAUCGCUCAAGCAGCUGAAGACAAAAUGACUCCCUUCGGUUUCGCAAUAGCUAAGGGAGCACAGGCUGUGUCUGAAUAUUUUGCUGGAAUUGGGCGCCGAAGCUGACCCCAGAGACAUUGAAGGCCAAACUCCUCUUUUCUUAGCCGCUUCAGUGGGUGGAACAGAGACUGUUCAGCUCCUUAUGGAUCGGGGAGCCGAUAUAACACUCAAAGAUAUGGAGCUACGCUCGGCUCUGCAUGUAGCUAUUGGGAACACAAGUACCAUGGAUGUCUUAAUGAAGAGUCCCUCAUCCAAGUCAUUAGUGGUUGACAAAGAUGCGACUGGAUAUACUCCGGUACAUUAUGCAGCACGAGCUGGAUGUCUUGAGCACAUCAUACUCUUCAUCAGCAAGAACAAAGCUGCUGAACAAGUCACAUCAGAUUCACUGGAUACGCCUCUCCAUAUCGUCUCCCGGUAUGGCUGGCUGGAGAUUGCUCAAAGGCUACUGAAAAAAAGAAAUGUGAGAAUCAUAAAUGUACAGAAUAACCAAGGAAAAACACCCCUGCAUUUGGCGUGUCACGAGGGCCAUGAAAAAAUAGCUAAACUUCUCUUGAUGGAAGGUGCAACAAUUGAAAGGGAUCAUCAUGACCGAACACCACUUCACCUGGCAGCAACAAAGGGCUCAGAGGAGUGCGUCGAGUACAUACUGGAAACGCACCCAGGAAGUUUAAACGCCAUUGACAAAUAUCAGAACACGGCUCUCAAUCUGGCAGCGACCGCUGGCCAUGCGUCACUAGUAACUUACCUGCUCUCUGUUAAAGAACAAGAGAUCCUGUUAAACUCGCAAAAUCAAAACGUUCUUGACCUUGCCAUCUCGAACGACAAAGAAGCGGUUGCUAUGGCAAUCAUUGAACAUCCCAGAUGGAAGGAGGUAAUGGAUUCAGCUGUGGGAGGAGGAGUGUCUCAGAUUCAGACUUUGGUAGAGAAGAUGCCGGAGGUGGCAGAACGUGUUCUUGAUCAAUGUGUCGACCAAGAGGGUGACCCGAGCAGUAAAGAUUUCAAAGUAACAUAUGAUCUGCGGCUGAUUCAAGGAAAGCAAAACAGUUUGACAAGUUCGUUAGAGCAUUCAUUAGAUGCCCUAAAGACUAUGGCAGAAAGACGGCGAGAGAAUUGCUUGACUCAUCCAGUAUGCUAUGUGCUUAUGAACAUCAAAUGGAAGAAAUUUGGUUGGAUCACAUUCAUCGUAAAUCUGUCUUUGUACCUGGCCUUUCUUUUGCCAUUUACUGCACUCGCAGUUUAUCUCAAGGCCAACAGCCUUGAAUUGUGUGGCUAUAAAUUUGAAAAUAUGACAAAACAUCGCACAGGCUACUACGAACAUACUUGGGACUGGCACGAUGACGACAGCAUCACAUGCAAUGGUUCUCAAAAGACUGUUGUGGUUCUCCAUUAUGUUGUGAUCGUGUUCGCCCUCAUUCAUCUCACAAAGGAAAUUGUGCAAAUCAUGAGACAGCGCCUUAAGUAUUGGACUGCCAUCACAAACUACAUCGAGUGGGUGAUUUACGUGUCUGCACUUGUUUUCGUGUUUCCGAUCUGCGCCUGCAAAGCACAUUAUAAAUCUGAGGCAGCGGCAUUCUCCUUGUUUUUUGCUUGGCUCAAUCUUGUUCUUUACUUCAGAAGGUUGUCGUACUAUGGAAAGUAUGUAAUCAUGCUGCUCACGAUGUUUAAAACACUUUUCCAGGUCUUGCUUCUUUUCUUUCUGUUUGUGGUAGCUUUUGGGACAACGUUUUACCUGCUCAUGUAUAACAAGUCUAACUUUGACACAUUGGAAUACGCUUUGAUGAAAACCUUUGCGAUGACUUUGGGAGAGUUGAACUACGAAUCAGACUUCAUACCCGACAUAAAACUGCAUUAUCCUCUGGCUUCUAAUGUCAUGUUCGUGUUUUUCUCCCUGGCGAUGCCCAUCAUACUCAUGAACAUGCUGAUCGGUUUAGCUGUUGGGGAUAUUGACAAGAUUCAACAAAAGUCUGUUAUGGAUCGUUAUGUGAUGCAGGUUGAAUUGCUUCUGGAGCUCGAGGAAUCUCUCCCACAAUGGAUUUUAAAACGCAUGCAGAUCGAUAAAUAUGAAGAGUUUCCAAACAGAAAAUCCAAGCUACAAACCAGACUUUACGAGAAGAUCAUUGGAUUUGGAAAAGCAGAAAGUAAAGGAGAGGACGACGGCGUUCCUCCAGCCAUGGCGCAGAUUAUUGACAGGGUGAUGGAGCAAGACGCAAAGUAAAAAAAAUUCAUUUCGAAAAUAUACAAAUCAAACAUCUGACAAGCUUAUUCCCGCUGUCUCCAAGCUAUUUUUAAGUACUGAUGGGCGAAUUUAGCUCUAAGAAGACCACCUUUUUACUUAAUUUGAGACUUCAGAACUCGUUAAAGCUGAUGAAAAUGUAUAUGGUUGCCGUAGCACUACUAUUAUCUGGUUUCUGAUUGAGCAACUAACUUACUCCUUCAUUACAUCCAUUCUGAAAUAACUUUGGCUCCUUGCAAUCUGAUUGGCACUCAGCAAUGCAAUUUGCAUAUGUAAUCAUAUGAUUUCGGGUGCAAUUUGGGAGUAACACGGGUAAGUUUUUCAAAGGCCAAUCAUACUGUAGUGUUUGAAAAUUCAUGUGUCGAUUUGUCCCAAAUUGUACGAGAAAAAUGAAGUGAUUACUUGUCUAUAAUAAACAAGAAAAAAUGUGACUUCGUUUUCCUCGUUUCGUCUUACGGCUCACUGGUUCGGCCGCUUGCCUUUGGUUUGUUGCCGGAGAAGUUGAGCUUUUCCCUCAAGAGCUUCCUUCUAGAUUUUAAACUCUUCAUUACAAAUAAUCGAGUGUUUAAACACUUUCUAUGCUUGGUAUCGGUGAAAAAGCUGUAACAUUCACACGGAGGCUAUAAAGCUCGCAGUCUUCCACGUCUUUCUUAUGAACUGCUGCGUAAAACCCCUCAAGAAUUUUAAUCUGACCCUCCGCUUCGUCCGUUCCAAUACUUUUGUCAUAGCCCAACACUUCCAAACUUUUAGUCACUCGCUUAUGUUUUGUUGGGUGUUUCUUGUUCUUAGCAUUCUCCCUAAAACUCUGAAAGGUUGUUACUUUCUCCUCUUCUUUCUGCCAUUUUAUUUUGUUAUGCAUUCACAACUUCCUGUCGAACAAUUUAAUUUUAACUUUCUGCAAUCAAUUUCAAUCUUUACUGUUUGGGAUUAAUUGACGUGUUCUUAGCCAAUGAGCAUACUGAAGUUGUGCAUGCACAUUAUUAAACUCACGAAUCGCGCAUUUUUUUGCAUAUUUUCCCAACUACUAAGAAAGCAACAAUAAAAC